AUGGCCCCAAGAAGAAAGGAGAACCCACAGACCACCGCCGGAACGUGGUCGGAUCCUUACCUGGUGCGGGAAACCAGAGACGGGUGUUCCAGGAGUACAGCGGGCUCCCAUGAGCGUGCUGCCACUGAAGGCGCUCGGGACGUUGUGGUGUUGAAGAAGGCCAUGCCGAGGCAGCUGCCUUGGACAGACAGGACCUGGGAGCUGGAGGCCUACCUUCAGUCCGCAGAGCAGCAAUUGUUGCAGGUGCUGCUUGCCCCCUGGGCAGAAUUGCUAGAGCUGGAGAGGACGGCGGUCGCAUCACUGGAGCCGCUGCGAGAGUGGACAGAACGACGCGUCGCUGGAUUCUUCGGCCAGAGAGGCAAGCCUAUCCACCAUGAGCUACGACUGGGAAUAAAUGCCUGGAUCACCUUCUCAUAUGAAGGCCCAAGAAAAAUCCCGACAACGGAUGGUGAAUCACAGAAAAAUAGACUGGAGUUAAGGGAAGAUGCUCACCUCAUUCCAAGCGUGGUUGAUGCUAAUGCAGUUCGCCGGAUGAAUACCCUGGCAGCACUUAGCAUGGAUAGGAGCAGUCUAAUGAGGGAAGGGCUGCGCAUCCAAAGUGGAAUGGUUUACCCAGGCAUUCAGCCACUUUCGACUGCAGAAGACAAAGGCAGAGAUGAGAGCAGUAUUCCAUUGGGUUACGUAGGUGAUCGCAUAUCAGAACUAUGCUAUAAACCACCUUCAGUGCCUCCAGAGUCCUCGCUGGACAAUACAAAACCUCCAAAUGGGUUUGGAGGACUAUACAAAAGCUCUCCACCAGGACUACAGAAACCAGUAAUAGUUCCCAAUGGUGGAGGUGAUGGACUAGUUUUAGACAGAAGAGUGGCUUCUGAAAAACCAUCUGAACUUGGCCUAAAUGGUACAACUGGUAGCUACCUUCGUCUCCCUUGGGUUAGUCCUUAUAUUGAGACUGGAGUGUACCCUUUCUUAGACUCUGCAAACAAAUAUGCACUUAAUAUGUACAAAGCAUCUUUCUUAUCACAGCAUUCCCACUAUUUGCCUCAGCCCUUGGCUUAUUCUCCUGUCUGUGCUGGCAGUGGAGGUGCGGCUGGGAGUGAACGCUUUCUAUACCUACCUCCCUACCCACCAGCACCUAUUCCGUCUUCAUUGGCUUCUCCUAUAAGGAUUCCUACUGCCACCACUGCACCUACUCUUUCUCCAUUAGUUCAUUGUCAAGAAAAAGGUCUGACAGGUAUUGGUCCAAGAAUGCACCAUGAACCUUCUGCAUUUGGGCAUCAUCAGCAACCGUUGCAUCAGCAGCCACACAGUGAAAGACAACAUAGUAGUAAGCAGAGUCGAACUCCUUCAAGUAAAGGAACUACAAGUAGCAGUAGCAGUCUGCCUGUGGACUCAAAUGUUUUACUGAUGCCAGCUCCAUGUGCAGCCCCACAUAUCCAUCAACCGUCUGUUCCACCUCCACCUCCAACACUUGGUGAUAGUGCUUCAGACUUUCAAAAGCCUCUUCCCAGGGGGCCAGCUGCUUCUUCUCCUUCAUUGUCUCUUCCUUUUCCCUACAUAAGCACCUUGGUUUCUGAGAAUCCUUCUCCUGCUCGACCUAGUCAUAAACCAAAAAAUCGAGACGCCUCAACAGCUGAACCUCGAAGUAAUGGACAAGAAAGAAAGUCCAAUAAAUCUCCAUCUGUAGGAGUAAUAGAAAAAAACCAGCAGGAACAGAAGACCCCUACCAAAGAUCCAGCAGACAAACCCUUGGAUUUGUCAGCCAAAAUAGUGGGAUAUGGAGGCACACCAAAUGGGUACUCAAUUAAGUCGGAGAGCAGUGCCAAAGUAGAGCAAUCACUAGCCACUCGCUAUGGACUGUCUCCUCGAGAACUUCUUGGGGACACCUUGUCUCCUUCAUCUGUUGUGAGUGGGGGAUCAAGCAGUGCACCAGACAAGCCUGAGAUGAUUAGCUCCUUACACUCCUCCUGGGUUGUGCCAGGUCCAAGUCCACCACUAUCUGAGGGUACCCACACCAAAAGUCCAGUAGUGCUUAAAAACAAAACACUAGAGCGUGUAAUGCCUCAGCAACGCAGUUCUUCCUGCCCCAGAAUUGGAGAAUCCAACUGUAGCCCAACUGUUAAUCCAGCUCCUAGUGUGGUAUCUGGGUUAGGCCGACCAGCUUCAGCCUCGCCUUCACCUAAUGCUGGUGCACCAGAAAAGGUUUGCUCAGUCAGCAACAAUUGUAACCAAGCACCCUCAGUUAAGCAAAACAAAACCUCAAAAAGGAGCGAGAGUCAAGAGUCUAGUCAUAGACCCACCAAACAACCACCACAACAACAUCUUGAAAAUGGACUUGCACCAAGCUCCCUUUUCUUACCACAGAGUGAGCCAUUUCUCCCUCCUGCAUUGGCAUAUGCCAAUAGAUUCUUACACUACCCUGUUCCAGAAACCUUACCACUGACUCAUUUAGGAAAAGGCCCAGUGUAUCCUCAUCCAAUUAUGUUAGGCAGCAGUAACCUCUUUCAAGCUCGCUUUCCUCCAAAGCAGGGCCUACCUUAUGGACUACCCAGCAGCAGGGAAUUUUUGACUUACCAGGACACUCAAGAAAUGGUUCAUCCUUUGAUGUCUCCCCAUUUGACACUUGAUGCCAAACCCAGUGAAAGAUUGGAGAGAAGAUCACGAUCACAAGACCGAUCUAGACAUAAUGAGGAACCUGCUCCAAAAAACCGACCUCCAGUAGAUACAUUUGAAUUAUUGCUCAGGCCUGAAAAUGAACCUCAUAUUGAUAAGGCACAUUCUCAAGAUGCUAAAAUGUCCCAAGAAAAAACAAAGUCUGUACCAUCCAGUCUUGGCCAAGAUGAUCGAGAGCGAGAAAGUCAAAUGGCUAAACAUAAAAGCCCUCAGGAAAAGAAAAUAGAGAUUCCCAAGCCAAGCAGCGCUGAGAGGAAAGAGUCAGAACUAGUGGGCUAUAAGAACAGUUCACUGAUGUUGCCUGGACCUGAGAAGCCAGGUGUUAUUUCUAGCCCCUCUAAAUAUCAGGAGCAGAGCUGCACCACUCCACUCCAGUGUAAAGAAACAUUUAUUCCCCAGCAACCAAACCAAGCACAGGAAUGUGUAGCACAGAAUGUCAUGAUCAAUGACUAUUCAGAAGACCAGACCUCCCAGUGUGCAAGGACAUCUGGUGAACGGGGAUCUGAAGACCGAAAACUGCGGCAACACCAGGAUAUUGACAAGGAAAGCCUAGAUGAUGGUGAUGGACAUGAUGAUGAUCCCAGUUUUUCUAGACCUAGGAAGUCAAAACUGGCAAAGAGAAUCGCCAACUCUGCAGGAUAUGUUGGUGACCGCUUCAAAUGUGUUACCACUGAACUUUAUGCAGACUCCAGCAAAUUGAGCCGAGAGCAGAGGGCAUUACAGCGUGCUAUGAUACGCUUCUCUGAACUUGAACUUAAGGAGAAAGAAGUCCUUGGCACAGCUGUACGAGAUUCUGUGGACAUCCAGCAGACUGAAGAGAGAUGGAGAGAGCAGAAAGUUAAAAUGCUGAAGUUGUCUAAGACCGAAGAUAAUGGGAUCCAGGACAAAAUUGGUGAAGAUGCAUUGUUAGUCUCUGGGGAUCAGGAAACUGUGGGUUUCGUAUGUCCUACAAGGGAGGCAAAUCUGCAGGAGCAGCUAGCAUGCACUCCAACCGAAAGGCAACAGAACCAGCUGAGGGAGGAUGUCAGUCUGUGUGUUCCACCAGCACUAGCCAGGAAGCGCAAACACAGCAAAGAAAGGCUCCAGCAGGAUGAAGAGAGCUCUUGUGACACUGCCCCAGAGGAGACAAGGGAGGGUGGGGAUGUUUUCAAGGGGAAAAAGAAGAGGAUUCUGGCGGAUAUCUGGCCUGAGAGGGAGCUUACCACGCAUUCCUCAGAUCACCUUUUAGAAGAGUCCCGUUGUAAUGAAGUGAAAAACCUGAAAGUGUGCAUUGAGCUAGCAGGGCUUCACCCCCACAAGCAGCGACACCUGCAAAAUCUCAGGGAUCUGCCCUCUGAAAGACUGGCUACUUCCCAAGCAAACACAACACCAUCACCUUCACCCACAUCUCACAGCAGGAAGCAUCAGGCCAAGCCUUGCCUAUCAGAUGUUACAGAGAAUGAGAGAGAGGUCAAAAGAGACCUGGUAGAGGAAAGACCCACCAGAAAAAGGCCAGAGGGCAAAGACAGUAGAAGCUGGUCAGAAGAGAAUCUCUGUAGAAGUAACAUUGAACAAGAUGUUUCUCCUCCUCCUCCUUCUUCAAUGCCAAUGCCAAUGCCAUUGAGGGCGGAGAAGAAAUCUGCCUAUCCUACAGCACAGUCCCAUGAUAAGCGACAAAGACUCAAAGAAGUGCGUAAAGAAGGAGAAACACCCCGCCUUCGUAAAUACAUUGAUUUGGAGAAGCCAAAAGGCAAACGACAAUGUAAAACCAAACACAUUUGCCUCAGGGAACACAGGAGAGCCUCCCUGACUGGUGACGAAAGCACAGAUGUGGAAAAUUCUGAGGACAAGAUCACACCAAAGAGAUCAUCCAGGAAGCGCUCGGCCUCUGUUUCGGACUCCCCACCGUCUAAGCCUUGCAGCCCUAAACCCAGUGAGAACCUGCCCGAGCCUCCCAGUCCCAUAACACCGGCCCCGUCAUUGCCGACCUUUCCGCCCGUCGGAAACCCCCCAGUGGAGACCCCCACCAGCCGUCCUAUGCCACCUGAAGCGCGGAGGCUGAUUGUAAAUAAAAAUGCAGGCGAGACGCUGCUGCAAAGGGCCGCCCGUCUGGGUUACGAGGAAGUUGUCUUGUACUGUUUGGAGAACAAGGUUUGUGAUGUAAAUCACCGAGACAAUGCUGGAUACUGUGCACUCCAUGAGGCUUGUGCCAGGGGCUGGCUGACAAUUGCACAGCACCUACUGGAGUACGGGGCUGAUGUGAACUGCAGCGCACAGGAUGGGACCAGACCUCUGCAUGAUGCUGUGGAAAAUGAUCAUUUAGACAUUGUUCGUCUACUGCUAUCCUACGGGGCUGAUCCCACACUUGCAACCUACUCUGGACGUAGUAUCUUAAAGAUGACUCACAGUGAGCUGAUGGAAAAGUUUCUUACAGAGUACUUUGCUGACUUGCAGGGCCGUUCUGACGAUGAUCCAGGUCUAUACUGGGAUUUCUAUGGCAGCUGUGUUUGUGAGCCAUCUGAUGAUGCUUCUGCUUUUGAUAUUUUGGCUGACCCACCAGGCCCCAGUGAUGAUGAAGACAACUUAAAAGAUGUCUUUGAAUUUGAGUUUUCAGAUCGGCCACUUUUGCCAUGCUACAACAUCCAGGUGUCCCUUUCACAAGGGCCCCGGAACUGGUUGCUGCUGUCGGAUGUUUUGAAGCGGCUUAAGAUGACUCCACGUGCAUUCCGCUCAAGUUUCUCACAUAUUGAAGUGGCAACAAUUUCUGAAGCAGAAUUCUACAAACAAGCUUCUCUCAGUCAGCUUUUCUCUUGUACGGAGGAUCUGGAGCCAUUUGUGCCUGACAGCAAAGAACUUUUAGAUUUGGUGGAAUUUUCAUCUGAGCUCAGUGGACUGCUUGGAUCAACACUGGAGUGUUUGGACAAUAAAUGGGAGUGUAUGCGGGUGAAACGGUCGUGACCUUCAAGAGACUUAUUGACAUGAACUCUUCAAAGAAAAUGGAGCUUUUAUUGUUAUAAAGAUUGCACAUAGUGUAUAUAAAUGUUACAUAUUGGAGAAAAAUGACUUAGAUAAAAUCCUGCUAUUUGGACAAUUGAGAUGAUAUUAGAAAUGACAUUUCAUUUUAUUUUUGGUGUUAUUUUUUUUAAUCUGUUUAUAGAUUUAUUUCUUUUCUACUGGGUAUUUCAUAAUCUUUUUUCCUUUAAAAAUCUACACUAUCUGGGGAGAGUUUUAUGAACUUUUAAAAUUUUAUUUAAAAAGGAAAAACACAAAAUAGGCACUAAUUUUCAAAGGUGGUGCCCACAAAGGUUGUGUGAUCUUAGUUCACUGUUCUGUGGUGUGUGCUUUACUGUGUUUGUUUACAGACUUACCUGCCUUUUAGGCAGCUUGAAAUCAGAAUAUUUUUAAUAUGAAUGGAGUUAUUUUCCAUACUAACCAGAUUACCCUCCCUUUUUUGUUUUGCUGUUUUAUUUUUGUUUGUCUCUCAAAACUCUGCCUUCAAAAUAAUUCUUUUAUACCUGUGUUUUAGAAUUUGUUUUUACUUUAACUCUUAUUUAAAGAUGAAAAUUUUAAAUAUUUUUUCAUGUGUUUUUUUUGUAAGAUAUUAAAAGU